CUACUUCAGAAGCCUGAGGGUGCUUCCCUCAGGCAACACUGCAGAGGCACUCUGCUUUCAGAAAUGUAUCUUUCCCUUCUUUCUUUCCUACCAUCCCAAAGUAGAAGUGUGCUUUCCCAGUCACCCUGGGAUUUUUCAUUCUUUCUCUUAAGUACCCCAUCUCCAGCCCCCAUGCAAUUUCUUAACAACCUCCAAUGCAUAGGACACAGCUUCAUUUCUUCCUCUUCACACCACCUCCUGCCUCUUGGCAGCCUUAAGAUUUGAAGGCUUGCCUUCAAACUAAUAAAAUUGUUCACAGGCUUCCUUCUUACUCUGUUUUAAGUUCUUUUAUCAAUUAGACUAAGAACCCAAAAAGAAAUUCUUAGUUUCCCAGUUGUACUUGAACUUCUGGUCUUCAGUACUAAGCACUUGCCUGAGGUAGCUAAUAUGUGGAAGCUGAUCUGAUGUGGACGAAUGUACUAAGGCAUUCAAAACAAGUCUGCUUUGGCUCACAGAAGGCUUGGCUCAGAGCAAGGUCACUGCUGCCUCCCAGGAAGACUGCUAUCAGAGCUAUUCAUAAUGAGCUCUAGAUAUAAAAUUUGGGUGCCAGCUCAGGAUAGGUGCUUGUGCUCAGCCAUUUCUGAUUCAAGGCAAAGACUGUCAUUGCUUCUAACAAUACAUGACCCAUUCCAGAACACUCUUAACAUUGAAAAAAUAGCUCACUACCCAUGUAGUCAGACUGCCACCCGAUAAAUGCAGUCCCUUCAGUUGCCUCUAGGUAGACUUUGUCUCUAGUCUUUCCCACUGUGGCUGUACUGAAGUGUGUCUGAUUAAUGCAGCUUCUGCCUUCUUGUUAUCUUUGGUGCGUUCAUUCACCUGUCUUAUCUUGCCUGCCUGUCAAUAUUGUCCCUGGCACAGAAGAGAAUUUAGAAAAGUGGCAGGGAGGUGGCACUCAGUUUGGUCUUCACUGGGAAGUUACCAUUGACCAUUACACCCUCUUAUGUCCCCAUAGGUGGAAAGGGCUGUAGGCAGUGGACUGUAGACACUGGUAAAUAUUGACAGAAGUAAAGGACCAUUUGGCCCAUGCCUGUUGGGAAAGGAUAAACCUGCAGUUCACAGUGACUGGUCAACUGGUUUACAUUUCUAGAAACGGGGAAAGUUGUUAAAAUUUUAAAUCUGGCAGCUCUUUAAUCAAUCUUUCGUGGUUGCAAAGCCACUGGAUACACCGUCUUCUUCCUGCUGUUCUUCCCUGUCACAGGGAAGACGACUCUUUUUCACAUUUGUUCCAGGAGGAAAAUAUAACUCCUUCUCUAGAAGGAAGUUGUUCUGAUCUUAAGUGGUUAGGAGGAUGUUUAUGAUCUAAAUUACGGUGUAAUUUCACUCUGGGUCAAGUAAGUGCUCACCAAAUGCUUUGUUGGGUUGUGUGCUCUCUGAUGUGGCUGAUUUCUGCCUUAGAUGGUAACUUUUCAGAGCUUCCUCCAGUGGACAAUAGUGUAUUUGUUGCAAAGGAAGUAGAAGGACAGAUUCUGGGGGUUUACCUUUGUAUCAAAGGCUACCACUUGGUGGGAAAGCAGUCUUUGGUCCUCAAUCUCUCAGAGGAAUGGGAUGACUCCCCUCCUGAAUGCCACUUGGGCCACUGUCCUGAGCCUGUACUGGAAAAUGGCAAGACCAAUUAUUCUGGGCCUGUGAAUAUAAAUGACAAGAUCAUGUUUAAGUGCAAUGAUGGUUACAUCCUCAAGGGAAGUAACUGGAGCCAGUGCCUAGAGGACCACACCUGGGCACCUUCCUUGCCCAUAUGCCGAAAUAGAGACUGUGGACCUCCUGGGGUUCCUAGCCAUGGCUAUUUCGAAGGAGAGUCUUUCACUGCAGGAUCUGUUGUUACUUAUUACUGUCGAGACGGGUAUCACUUAGUGGGCACACAAAAGCUGCAAUGCAUUGACGGGGAGUGGAGCAGUUCCUAUCCUACCUGUAAGUCCAUUCAGGAAGUCCUCCACCUGGCUGAACAGAUUGCACUUGGGAAAGCAAUUCUUGCCUUUCAGGAGAGUAAGGACUUUUGCAGUGCCACAGAGAACUUUGUGAGAAGCCUAAAGGAAAGUGGGCUAACAAUGGAAGAACUGAAGUAUUCUUUGGAGCUGAAGAAAACUAAGUUGAAGGCAGAUAUUUUACUGAAACAUAGCUAAGCAAGAUGGUAACAGAAAUGCCCGUGUGAAUAAACCACUUCUGAGGUGCUUGCAA